GCCAUUAGUUUCACAGGAAGGGAGGAAAUUACACUUUUGCCUGAUUGUCUGGUAGUUGAAUGCAGUCUUUCCAGAGUGGAUUUUAGCCCAUGAGGUACUCAAACAGUGAGAACAAAGGUACAGUGAAGAAUUACUUUCCUAAAAAAAAAGAAAAAAAAAAAAAGGCCGAACUGUAAACAACACUUUAUUAGAAGGAAGGCAGUAGCCAAGUGAAGCAGCUGGAAUCACACUGAAGUGACUCUGAACCCUGCAGAUCAUUCCACUCUUCCUUCUGCUACAGAACUCACAUCCCUGACUUACAGUGCCUUUUGUUUCAAAGAACUAAGCAAGAAAGCCGCUCUGCAACAUGACAUUUGAAGAUUUUGAGAACUACUCUUAUUUCUACGAUCUGUCUGAGGAAGAUGAGUCACCCCAGUCCUCCCUCAGCAUUGCCCAUAUCAUUUCCCUUUUCUUUUAUAGUGUGGCAUUUCUUCUGGGAGUGCCAGGUAAUGCCAUUGUCAUCUGGUUUAUGGGCUUUAAGUGGGAUAAAUCAGUUUCCACACUCUGGUUCCUGAAUCUAGCCAUUGCAGAUUUCAUCUUUGUUCUCUUCCUGCCCCUUUAUAUUACAUACGUGGCAAUGGGCUUCCACUGGCCUUUUGGGAAGUGGCUCUGCAAAAUGAACUCAUUCAUUGCACUGCUGAAUAUGUUUGCCAGUGUUUUCUUCCUGACAUUCAUCAGCCUUGACCGCUACAUCCGUCUUGUCCACCCAGUCUUUUCCUACAAGUACAGGACUGUAAAGAACACCCUCCUUCUGAGUGGGGUCAUUUGGAUGUCAGCUGCAAUUAUUGGUGGCCCUGCCUUAUACUUUAGAGACACAGCUACAGUUCUCAACAAUGUCACCAUUUGCUACAACAACUUCCAUGUGCAUGACAGAGAACUUAUUUUGCUGACACAUCACAUUCUCAUUUGGGUGAGGCUUGCAUUUGGUUACCUCUUUCCUUUAGUGACAAUGGUCAUUUGCUACUCACUGCUGAUUGUCAAAGUGAAGAGGAGAACUGUAUUGACUUCUAGCAGGCUUUUCUGGACCAUCAUUGCUGUAGUUGUAGCUUUUUUUGUCUGCUGGACACCAUAUCAUAUAUUCAGCAUUGUGGAGCUGUCUGCUCACCAUGAUGAGAACUUGCAUGACUUACUACAGGAUGGCAUUCCCCUCUCCACUGGCCUUGGUUUCAUCAACAGCUGCCUCAACCCAAUCCUCUACGUUCUGAUUAGCAAGAAGUUCCAAGCGCAGGUGAAGAGCACAGUGUCUGAGGUGCUGAAGCUGGCCCUGUGGGAGGUGAGCCGCUCGGGGACGGUCAGCGAGCAGCUCUGGAGCUCAGACAACGCGCCUGUGCACUGCUGUGAAACUGCCCAGUGACUGCUCCUGCCACCAGCCCUCUCCAAAAGAGCUGGCAGCAGGUUUGGAGGUGUUCUUGACUUCACAUCUGCCAGUCGGAUGUGCAUCUUUACAUGUACAGUCUUCUGUAAACAGCUGGCUUAAUUGCACUUGCUGCUUUAAUUGGAAGGUUUUUAAGGGACAUAUGAUUUGGAUGUGUGCCCUGCAACGCACAUACAGCCUGAACUGAAAGUUAUCAGCAUCAGUAGAAUUACUGUAACUGGGCUUUUGAUGAGGAAAGCUGUUGUAAUCCUGUUGGUUUGCUGUGGUUCCAUACCUCAUUGACAUCAAAAGAACACAUUAUAAAAAUAUUCCCCCUUGCCAUUGCUGAUACCACUCUUAGUUGAGGCAUUCUCCUCGAAGAAGCUGUGGCCGUACUUCACUGGGUCUUGAGUCUCCUGAUUGCCCACUACUGCCCCAAGGAGGAAUCCCCUGGCUACAUCUCACCUAAAUGAAGCUGUCAGUGGCUUCACUCUGCAGCUGGAGAGGAGUCUCAAGAUGGAGAACACUGAAUUGCUGUCUUCUAUUGUCAAAAAAGAAAAAUAUGGAAAUUAAACCUGUCUUUUCCCAACACUCUUUAUCUUAUACUCAAAACUAAGACAGGAGACCCUGUGUUUUCUGGUCACUGACUGUAUUUUUAGCUGAGUGCAAAAUACUGAGCAGAUGUUUCAUUAGGCUCAAUCCAAAUGUGCAAAGAAUUAAUGAAAAUAUUUUACAGCUUCUGUGCUACACUUUUUUUUUCUAUGUUUAAAAUUUUAGUCCUACAGAGGUUUACAACUAUUGAUCGCUCUUUAUUACUCUUUCAAGCAAGGGUAAAGAAAUAAUAUAACAUUUUGUUUGCCUUAACAUCAAGCUUUAAAAAAUGGGUGGAGUGAAUUCAUCAGUAUUCUGUUACUAGUCUCUAGCCAAAUUGAGACUUCUUUUCCAAAUAAGAGGCAAGACAGUUCAUCCAGGAAAUGGAGUCCACUCCCAUAAGAAAGAUGAAGUAGUCCCAGUUAUGCUGUAUUCUGUUCCAACUUGUUGCUCGCUGCAGAAUCACACAUGCACCAGUGCAAAUAUAUAUAUAUAUAAAUAUAUAUAUAUAUAUACACACACAUAUGCGCUGUGUGGAGUAAACCAAUUUCUGAUGCUAUACCACUUAAUUAAAAAGUUGACUGUGGGACAAAACUCCACUGAAAGUAAAAGCAUAGAGCUUUGGGUAAAUUUGAACUUUUUUCCUAGUUAUUGGCCUAGGCAUAUAGAAUGAAACUGACUUUCAGAUAAUUUACCUAGUUUAUACGGUCUGCCAACACAUUAGUAGCAUUUAUGCUGUAAUUGAGGCCUUACAUAAAAAUAGAUUUGCUUUUGUAUAAAAUAUAUAUGUAUGCAUGAACACAUCCAAUACUGGUAGCUGCUCAUGUAGAAGCAGCCUGACUGUGUUCUGUAACUAUUUCUUUGGGCUCUGGUUUCAGAGUCUGAGGGAGUUAGGCAGGAUCAGUGGAAUUUCAGUGUAUUUUCCUUUGGGCUGGAAAGCUGGUAAGCAGCAUUCUUCCUUUGAGUCAUUUGCUGCCUGGUACAUAGUUGCUCAUCAUAAUAUUUUGGCACCAUUCUGCUGUAUGUGUCUAAAUCAAACAUUUUGCAGUUUUUCUUCACAUGUUCCCUGACAUCUUUCUAAGAAUGAUGUUCUUUCCUGGCUAUAGUCCAAGUGAAGUAAUAAAGUUUUGAUGUUUCCAAAGA